AAUUGGCAUUGGGUUGGAUGACCUUCUCUAGCCUCACCGCCUCCGGUGGCUGUUUCUUCUCUGUUCCCUUCGUCUCUCGCCGAGAACCAAAGCUUUAAGCUCUUCGCCUACAUCAUUCUCCCGGAUUAUAUCCGACAUCAAUCUCGAUUUCCACGACUAUUUCAGGAAUCCUGUUUGGUUUUCCGGUAGUCGGAGAACAGUGAGUUGCGUUCGCCGACGGCUAUUGAGUGGGAAGGAUGGCUACAUAGGGUGAGUUUCAUUCGUCCGGUGAAGUGUGCAACGAGGUAUACACAUCAAGUUGCGAGAUGGCCAGAUGGGACGAGAUUUUUUCUCUUCCAGUACAGAAUCCUCCAACCUUGGAAUUUUCAUCUUCUGAUCUUGUGUGGUCAAAGGUAGAAGGAUGGCGUAACAAAAUGGAUAGAGUUGCUGUAAUCCCUUUCGCUAGAGUUGAUGAUUUUGUUCAUGGUGAAUCUUCAAAUAAAGAAUGUCCAACCAGAUUUUAUGUUGAGACAAGGCGACGUCGAGCAUUGGAAGCACCGUUCAAGGCAAAGGUUGAUGGUGUGUUGGAAUACAUUUUGUAUUGGUGUUCGUUUGGUCCUGAUGACCAUAGGAUGGGGGGAGACAUACGACCCAGUAGAAAUACUUAUGUACCGAAGAAGAAAAAUGCUGGGCGGCCAAACACUAAGAGGGGUUGCACCUGCCACUUUAUUGUCAAACGCUUAAUGGCUGAACCGUCUAUUGCACUGAUCUUAUAUAAUGAAGAUAAGCAUGUUGAUAAGACGGGCUUGCCAUGCCAUGGUCCUCAAGACAAGAAGGCUGAGGGUACUCGUGCUAUGUUUGCACCAUACAUCUCUGAAGAUCUUCGCCUACGUGUAUUGUCGCUUCUAUAUGUUGGUGUUUCUGUGGAGACCAUUAUGCAGAGACAUAAUGAAUUGGUGGAGAAACAGGGUGGUCCAUGCAACCGUGAUGACCUUUUAACCCAUAGGUACGUAAGAAGACAGGAGAGAAGCAUCAGGCGUUCCACUCAUGAACUUGAUGAAGAUGAUGCGGUAAGCAUCAACAUGUGGGUUGAAGGCCAUCGAAGCAAUGUUUUCUUUUAUGAAGAUUUUACCGAUACAGACAACUUUACUUUGGGAAUUCAAACGGAGUGGCAAUUGCAACAAAUGAUACGAUUUGGCAACCGUGGCCUACUUGCAUCAGAUUCCAGGUUUGGAACAAACAAGUUGAAGUUUCCAGUUCACAGUCUGGUAGUAUUCAAUUUAGACUACAACGCAAUUCCAGUAGCCUGGAUUAUAUCACCGAGAUUUGCUAGUGGGGAUACCCAUAGGUGGAUGAGGGCUCUUCAUAGUAGAGUUCAAACAAAAGAUCCGUCAUGGAAGUUGGCUGGCUUUGUUGUGGAUGAUCCUCUUGCUGAUGUACCAACAAUAAGGGAGAUAUUUCAGUGUUCUGUUUUAUUAAGCUUUUGGCGUGUCCGCCAUGCAUGGCAUAAAAACAUAUUGAAGAAAUGUGCAGAAAUUGAGAAGCAAGCUGAGAUAUUAAGACAACUUGGGCAAGCAGUGGACAGAGUUUGCCAAGGUGAUGAAAACGUGGAUUCAUUUGAACAGCUGAUUAAACAUCAAAUUGAUGAUCCAGAUUUUAUUGACUACUUUAAGGCAACCUGGUGUCCGAGACUAGGGAUGUGGACUACUGCACUGAAAAACCUCCCACUGACCAGCCUCGAAACAUGUGCUGCAAUGGAGCUUUACCACAACCAGUUGAAGCUCAGAUUGCUGAAUGAGAAAGAUAUUGCUGUUUAUCAGCGUACGGACUGGUUGGUCGACAAGCUGAGUACAAAGGUACAUUCUUACUUUUGGCUUGAUGAGUACUCAGAGAAGAAUAGUUUUUCUCGGUAUUGGAAAGAUGAGUGGAUGUGUGGUUUGACAUAUUGGCGCAGAGCAUUGAGAAUCCCAGACUCUGAUGUUAUUCUUGAAGGUAGUACUGCAAAAGUUACGGACCAAAUUACUCGAGACAAGAAACUUGUUGUCUGGAAUCCGGGUUCGCAGUUUGGUCUUUGUGAUUGUCGAUGGGCUGAAAUGGGUAAUCUAUGUGAGCAUAUGUGCAAAGUUAUUAACAUAUGCCGUAAAAAAGGGACUACAAGACCAUCAGUGAGCUUAUUGCAGUACCAGAAGGCCUUGAUUGACAUUCUGCGUUGUCCACCUCAUGAUUCUUUAGUACGUGAUCAUGCUGUAUCCUUUGCAAUGUCUGUCCAGAAGAAGUUGAAUGCACUAAUCCGUAUGGAAAGCAACCUAGAGUCUAGGAGUUCUUUCCGGGACCAUAUGAUAAAAACCCUGGAAGGUCGAACUGAUAGGGAGAGAUCUACUGAGGACACACAAUUUCUGAGGGAUGAUGUACUUAGGGACAAGUCCGAGUCGAAUCAGCACGAGAUUGACUCUGCCUCUGGUCAGGAAGCUUCUAAUAAUAUUACUGAUAAUGCUAGUAGUGAGCUCGUUGAUUUAACUGUGACUGGAAACCGUGUGGGUGGUAAAACUCCUGGGAAAGAAUUCCCUUGUAGAUCGGGUACUCAUCAGCUUCCUAAAGUCUAAAGUACACUGACUUGUCCCUCAGUUGAAAGACUAACGUACUCCUCGAGACAUGAAUAAGGCCCUGCAGAGUAGCCCGCCCAACUCCACUUACUCUCGUAACCUCAAUUCCUUUUUCUGAAACCUACAUUUCACAUGAACUGGAGACUUCCUCCAGGUGGAUAUCAAUACGGCAUCGAUCUACAUAUCACCACCUCCUCUAAAUUCUGUUGAAGAGAUUGUAGGUAGCAAUUCCUUCCGACAAAGUAAAAAUAUAGUACCAACUGAUAUGGAGUACGAAAGUCUACCUUCCCGUUACAGUACUGUCUGUAAUUUAAAUAAAUUUGUAGACAAUCAGCCUCAUCAAGAACAGAUAGAAGUAGAUCCACCUGCCAGAUAUGACGUUUUUCUACUUUAAACGCAGAAUAUGAAAGCACGAGAUGCUUUCUGCGUGUCUGGGUAGUGUCUGAUCAUCGCUGCCUGGGAUACUCAACUUGCUGGAUGUUCCUACAUGAAUAUGAAUUUUUGUAUACUGACUUUACAAAUAAAGUACCAUUGUACAGAGAGCCACUUGCAAAUGAAAUUAGAUAUCAUGUGGUUGAGUUUAGGAGAGAUGUGGAGAAGCAAAUUUGAUUCCUGUCGUGUGAACGUAUGGUUGGUUUCUGCUAAAAGAUUCAAGUAAGUUAACCUUGUCUUUAGGCAGAUUGAGAUAUCCAUCAGUGAAGAUGUUGAUGCCAUUUCAUUGAGACAGAUGAAGCUUUCUCACUGUUCUUGAGUUGCAUUUAUAAAUGGUUGAUUGAAUAGAAAGCAGGCAGAAUUUCAACGCGAAGGCUCUGCUUGUUCAAUUCUACCUGAUCAAACUGAUGUUACAACCAGAUUUGUUGAUUUGCCGGAAGCCCCGGAGCCUCUAGUUGUAGUUUGUUAUCAACCAAGUCUUGUAUGGCAGAAGUUAUAUCCCACCUCGGUUAAAGAGGAGAACGAACUAUUCUUUAUAAGGGUGUGGAAACCUCUCUCUAGUAGACGCGUUUUAAAACCGUGAGGCUGACAGCGAUAGGUAACGGACUGAAACGGACAUUAUCUACUAGCGGUGGGUUUGGGUCGUUACAAAUUGUAUUAGAGCUAGACGCCGGACGCUGGCUCCCAAAGUAGGUGGAUUGUGAUAUCCCACAUCCUGUUGUAACGGAGAACGAAACAUUCCUUCUAAGUGUAUGCAAACUUCUCUUUAGUAAACGCGUUUUAAAAUUGUGAGGCUGACGACGAUACCCAACGGAUCGACGCGAACAAUAUCUACUAGCGAUGGAUUUGGAAACUAAGCAACCAAAGUUAAACAGCACAAAGGUAAUGUAAUUUUCCGAAGGCUAUUGAUUUGUCCAAAACAAUGAGUUCAAAAUCCUUCUGAGAUCACUGGCUUAUGUGUCUGUUAUUUUCUUAUUAAAUCUUAUGGGUUCUGGAUUUUUUCUUAAAUUAAAUGAAGGGCUGACAAUGGACCAGAGGAUCAAUACACUGGAGGAUUGGUACUGAAUCAUGAAUUUAUCUGCUGUGUGUCUCGCCUCAUCUGGGUAAUGUACAGUACAAUAUGAUCCUUAACCUUCAAAUCUUUGUUUGGUUUCUUGAUCUUUUACUAGUGAAAUUGAUUCUUUGCUACUCUUGCCUC